GUCUGCAGAGAACGCUUCGUCCACCAACAUGCCUGAGAAGAUUACCCUCUACACGGCGAAGAUCUGCCCAUACGCCCACAGGGCCGAGAUUGCACUCGCACUGGCAAAUGUACCCUAUACCCGCUACGAGAUUGAUCUGAGGAACAAGCCCGAGUGGUACCUUCCCAAGGUUAACCCCGUCGGGAAGGUUCCCGCUAUCGCGUACGGCGGGCCCGACGUCUCUCCGGACCAGCCCUCGCCGGAGUCGACCAAGCUCAACGAGUCUCUGGUCCUCGUGGAGUUCGUAGCCGACCUCUUCCCGGACUCCGGCAUCCUGCCCAAGGACCCCGUGCUCCGUGCCAGGGCGCGCCUCUUUAUUGACGCCGUCUCCAACAAGUUCAGCCCGGCGAACGCCUCCGUCAUCCACAACGGCGGCGACCCGGAGCCGCUCGUCCAGGCCAUAGAGCAGCUGCAGUCGCUACUACCAUCGCAAGGCUUCGCCAUCGGCGAGUUCUCCGCAGCAGAUAUUGCGAUUGCGCCGUUCAUUGCGCGGCUCGAGCUCAACCUCGAGAACGACCUCGGAGGGUACCCCGAGGGCAAGGGCGAAGGCCAGAGGAUCCUCAAUCUUAUCCGCUCGCCCAAGUUGACGAGAUGGCAGGAGUAUUCGAGAGCCCUUCUGGCGCACCCGGCUGUUGCCUCGACCUUCGACAGGGAACAUCUUCUCCAGUCGUACAAGAGGCGCUUUGCUGAGCUGCGCGCGAAGAAAUAUGCUUCCUGAACGUAAAGCGAGAAAAUAUUCGUCAGUGAACGCCCGAAGAACUUGUACUAUGUGUAUAUACCGAGAAUUGCAUAUUCUUCGUACGGCUAUUGAGAAAUUAUCGUCUACGCGAAG